UAUACUUAUAAGCGGGCAUCAGAAGCAUCAGAUCAAGCCAUAAUAAAAACAGAACGGCGCGUGCAACACUGUCUGCUAUUCUACUAAGUAAUGCUGUGCUUUGCAGAACAGUCUAAACGUUGUCAUGUUACUACAGCAGAAACGCUACUGGAUAAUCGUAAAUAAUAACAUACACGUGAUAUAACUCUCAAAUUAUGACUUCAUCAAAUGACACAGAGACAGACAAUGAUCGUCCCCCAACACCAACAGAAGAGGAUUGUUGUAGAAAUGCUUGUAACCCAUGCAUUUUUGAUGUUCAUAAGAAAUUAUUGAAAGAAUGGGAAAACAAAAAACUUAAAAAAUUAAAAGAAAUUCCUCAUAAGAAUCUUCUACAUCUUACUCAGUAUAGUAAAUUCAUUAUCAGGGAUAUAGCAGAGUCAUCAGAAGACAGUAUUUUUAUCUCCCUGCAUUGUGUAUCUGAAAGCAAAGAUAGUGUUCUUUUUUUAAAUCCUGGGCAACAUGUCAUAUUAAAAUUAUCAUCUGCAUCAAAACCAUACACUCCUAUAGCUUGGACUCAAAAAAGUUUGAAGUUACUGAUCAAAUUAUACCCCAGUGGUAAGGCUAGUGGUUGUAUAAGACAGCUAAAGAAAGAUGAUCAAGUCUUUAUCAGAGGACCAUAUGGAGACUUUGAAUACCAGCCAAACAGUUACAAAAAUAUCAUCAUGUUGAGCAUUGGCUCUGGAAUUGCCGCUAUCUAUCCAAUAGCUGUCUCUAUAGUAGAGAACGAAUUAGAAGAUACAAAAAUCAACAUGAUUUCGGGAUUCCACUCCUUCUCUCAUGUGCCAUUGAAAAAUGAACUUAGGCGUUUGUCAGAUUAUUGGAAUUUUGAGUGUACACUAUGCUUGUGCCAUAAAAGUACUGCAAACAUUACGGGUGUAAAUGUUGUAAAUAGCCGGAUUAACAAAGACUUAAUUGAUAAAAUAUUCAGCACUUAUACCCCUGAAUCAUCUCUUGUAUUAAUUUGUGGAACUCCAGAAUUUAAUGAGAAUUUGGAGCGAAUCGUAAAAGAGAAAGAAUUUCCGCAUUGCCAUGUAUUUCGGUGACACUUUAAUAAAUAUUUAUCAUUUUUAUUAUUCAA